AAUAUUUCCUUUCAGUUUUCAUAACUAGGUUGAGUCAUGACUACUGAAGGGAAAGGGGGGGUCGGUAAAUCCCACGCACGCGCAGUAGAUUUCACUAUAGCUCGGGAAAGUCACAUCCCAGCUGAAUGCAGCAACUAGGAUGAGGCGUGCCUAAACAUUUGCAUGUCUCCGGCUACAUAUACCGGGUAACCAGCAGCUGUUCUAAUCAUCCGUUUCUGAGAAGCAACGAUACAAUGCCUGAGCCAGCAAAGUCCGCGCCCAAGAAGGGCUCCAAGAAAGCCGUUUCCAAGACUGCCACAAAGGGCGGGAAAAAGCGCAGAAAGUCCAGGAAAGAGAGCUACGCCAUCUACGUGUACAAGGUACUGAAGCAGGUCCACCCCGACACCGGCAUCUCCUCCAAGGCCAUGGGAAUCAUGAAUUCCUUCGUCAACGACAUUUUCGAGCGUAUCGCCGGAGAGUCGUCUCGUCUGGCUCACUACAACAAGCGAUCAACCAUCACCUCCAGGGAGAUCCAGACCGCUGUCCGCCUUCUGCUCCCCGGUGAGUUGGCCAAGCACGCCGUGUCCGAGGGCACCAAGGCCGUGACCAAGUACACCAGCUCUAAGUAAACGGACUCUCCUUCAAAUUCACCCCAAAGGCUCUUUUAAGAGCCACCCACUGGUCUCUACAAUUGAGGAAGUCCAUCGCACUUGUUUGAAUGUUUCUAUAUUGCUGCAUGGUAUGUGAAGCAACUAUUGACUGCCGUGAACAGACAGGUUAUUCUGCAAACUAAACAAAUACAGUACAGUGUUUCAAUAAUUUAAGGACGGUGCAAUAGUAACAUCACGAUUCCUCAAUAACAAUUGUCUUUGCAGUAUGCCUGUGUAGCCCAGGUUAAUCACAUAAUGAUCGAUACAUUUUCUUAUCAUAGAUCAUUCUUUCAACAUAUGUAAAUAUUCAAUAAGUGCAUAAAAUGGCAGUUUUUUUAAUUAGUAAUCAUGUACCGACGGCAACUGUUGCAGCUGUGUAGAAUCUCGUGGCUGCAAUGUCAUCGGGCGCGAGACUUCAGCGUCCUGAGGGACGCGACUCAUUUCAUAUUUUAUAUUUAUAUCUAUUUUAUAUAAAAUAUAUAUUGUUUAGCUCUAGUAUAUUAUUUAGCUCUUUAGGACAUGUUUAGCUCUUCAGUAUUAGACUUUUAAAUUGUUAUUUAUACAUUAUGCUUUUUCUACUUUUUUUUUUUUUAAUAUAAAAAAAAAGAUCCAUAUGUUCAUUGUAUGCACCUUCCUGCCAUGGUAAAUUGUGUUUGUGUUAACUUACAUGGCAAUAAAAACCUAUUCUGAUUCA